CGUGUUUGAACUCUUUCUGAUUUCUCACCUCGAUAAAUAAAACAUGGCAGCUAGCUUCGCAGCGUCAGCCUUACCCAUGGCGCCCACUCUGGUCGAAAAUCCACGUCCGACUAUGCGCAGAAAGUCUUCAGCGCAGAACCUCUUGUCGUCGUUCAAGUCGCCCUCAAGUCAAGCAUCCUCGUCAGCUGGUCCUAUACCAUCAGGACCCUCCACUUCUGCUAUACCGCAUAACCCAGUACAGACCCCGACAACAGCGAGUACACCGAGUGGGCGGGAGUGGGAUGUGCAAUCGAUGCAGUCAGACUCUAUGUCUUCCACUGCUACGUUAGUGGCUGGGACUCCUGUACUCGCACAGGGCACAUCUGUCGAGUACCUCCGAGAUCUGGUUCAGAAGAGAAUUAUCACCUUGACAUACAUGCGUAACGUCCACGAGGGUCGAAGUCAUUGGUUUCACACCAUCAUGAUGUCUCGCUCAGAAUUAGAUAAGGUCUUCAGCAACUUUGCGAUGAGGAAACGGACUUACCGAUUUGCUACUCUUGCUAUGUCAUUAUCGAAUCUACUCGAAAUCCCUCAAGCUUCAGACUUUCUCCGUGGGGUCCUGAACACAAUGAGCGAAUAUGAUCAAGCAAAGGAAGAGCCAGACAAACCAAAAAUUCGUCUAUUCAAAUCGAAGAGUGCAAAACGACAAGCUGCUGGCGGCUUUGCAGAAUAUACCAUUCCCUACACAGAUGCAUCUGAAGCAACGUAUCUUGUAUCUCCCCAUAUACCAUUCCCUCUUGACUACCAUCAGACGUUACUAUCACUGCUCGAUGUACUAUCUGAAGUAUACAACAAGAUAUCUCGCAUACUAGGGCCCUCUCCAUUUCCUCAUUCCGGCCAACAUAUGAUGGGACCUCUUGGACUCCUCGCUCCACAUCCUGGCGUUUCAUAUCUUUUCCCAGGUGCGGAGCCAAAGCCAGCCGCCGAAGAUGCCGAUGGUACUUUAUGGGGGAUAGCAAAUGGACAAGUGCCACACCACGGCGCGUAUGGAGGAGCGUUGGGUAGUCCCCCUCCUAGCUGGACGCCCGCUCUAGGGGACAUGGUGCUCAAAGCUGAUUCGAAAUUCAAGAAAAUUACUGCAGCACUAUUGAAGGAAUUAGAUGCGUUUGCAAGGAACAGCAUUAAGGACGAGCUUGCUUCACUCGAUCCGCUGUUACGUAACGUUACAUCGUCGGACUAUGGGAGAGAGCAGUACGAUUUUGAAGGGUCUGUAUAGGUUGUAUGGUUAUUUAGGCUUGUGUAUUUCUAGUGUAUUGUUGUAUAACACUAAUGUAACAUCUGAUGGACAUGGACGUCGAUACCAUACCAUUUUUUUUCCUUUUAGAAUU